AUGUCUCUAUAUGAGGAAGUUCCUUUAUAUGAUUAUGCUAAUGAAAUUUCAGAGUCUAGUUCACGCAUCUAUAAGAAAGUUUCUUUACAUGAUUAUGCUAAUGAAGUUUCAGAAUCUAGUUCACGUGUCUAUGAGAAUGAUAGUUCUGAGCUAUCUGAAUCUGCUAAACGACCACCAAAAAAG